CCUCAUCAUUCUUCACUGGGCUUGCUAAGCGGUGCUAUGCCAUACACUGCCUACUAUCAGUGGGAGCCUGCAAAUGCUUAUGCAUCCAAUUUAGGAAUUCAUCCAACUCCGGCGGCAGGCCCCCCUACCUCGAAUCCGUCAUCGUUAUCUCUGACACCUCCUUCUCAACUUGUGUUUUGUCCGCCUGGAGCGAUGCCAUCAGGGUUUGAGUUUGAUCCAAAACAGUUCGGUCAUCUCCAAGUGGUCACCUCAGCUUCACAGAAUACUCCAUUGAAUUCGACAAGGACUUCAUUUAGGUAGCCCAGCUGCGAGACCUUUCCAGUCAAACUUAUCCUUUAAGCAUAACCAGUCCAAAAGCCAAAACGAGAGCUAGCUUAUAGUUAGAAAGAGAGCAAGCAGAAAGCGGGUAAUUAAUGGAUCAUAUUGUGCCUUUUCUGUGUGAAGCGUUUGAUUGUAAAGACACAUGCAGUGAGUAUUGAGUCCUUUCAAUGGCCAGAGUUUUUGAGUGUUUUAAUGUGUUCCGUAUACUCCACUUCAUUGUUUCUCAUGAUAUAACGGAGUGAUGAAUUUGCUUAUAUAGAAAUUCUGUUCUCUGGUACAGCAGCAUCAUUUCUUUUACUCAGAGGUGUCAGGUUUAAGAGGACACUCUUCAUUGAAAGCGGGGUUGCUGAUUGCAUGUUUAUUCAACGAUUGGAGUGUUCUUUCUUUGAAAUAAUUCCACUGUGAUUUAAUUCUAAUUCUGAAGUUCUGUCACCAAGGGCAAGGUGACAUGAAGAAUCUUCAUUUGCUGUAUGAUGGAAAAUAUCUUUUAGCUUUCUUUGAUGUAUUCAUAGGAACUGCAGGAACUCUUUACACUUGCAGGUGCACAUACAUUACCAUGUAAACCAGGUGUAUAGCAAUGGUUCACUAUUUUGCAUA